CGAACUAGCAUUGAAUUCCCCGUGUAAACAUGGUUCGUUGUGACUGGCAAGAAGAGACAAGAAGAAGCAAGAAGAAGCAGCUGCUAUUUGUGACUAGACUUGGCCCUAAAUUGCAAUGCAAACCGGCUUAAUAUAAACAAAAGAUAUGGAAGACCACAAUGAGCCGGAGCCCGUGCUGCUCUCCAAGCACGCCAAGAACCUGCUCCGAUUCCUUAAUCUCCUGCCAGCUCGCAUGGCGUCGCAUGAUAACACCAGGAGCACCAUUGUGUUCUUCGCCGUCUGCGGCCUGGAUGUGCUGAACUCAUUGCAUCUGGUGCCGCCACAAAUGAGGCAGGACAUCAUCGACUGGAUCUACGGAGGAUUGGUGGUGCCACGCGACCACGAGAAGAACUGCGGCGGUUUCAUGGGCUGCCGCGCCAUGGUGCCUAAAAGUGAGGACGCCGAGAUCUUGGACUGCAUGCGGAAGUAUCAGUGGGGUCACUUGGCCAUGACGUACACCAGUCUCGCGGUGCUGGUGACCCUGGGCGACGAUUUGUCCCGUCUGGAUCGGAAAAGCAUUGUGGACGGAGUAGCUGCUGUUCAGAAGCCGAUGGGCAGUUUUAGCGCCUGCAUCGAUGGCAGCGAGGAUGACAUGCGUUUUGUUUAUUGUGCCGCCACCAUCUGCUACAUGUUGGACUACUGGGGCGACGUCAACAAGGAGACCAUGUUUCAGUUCAUCACUCGCAGCCUGCGGUACGAUUAUGGCUUCAGCCAAGAGCUGGAGGGAGAGGCCCAUGGCGGCACCACAUUCUGUGCCUUGGCGGCGUUGCAUCUUAGUGGGCAACUGCAUCGCCUAGAUGCCACGACGGUGGAGCGAAUGAAGCGUUGGUUAAUUUUCCGGCAGAUGGAUGGAUUCCAGGGUCGUCCCAAUAAGCCAGUGGAUACGUGUUAUUCGUUUUGGAUUGGUGCUUCGCUAUGUAUUCUGGACGGCUUCGAACUAACCGAUUACAACAAGAACCGAGAAUUUAUUCUGAGCACACAGGACAAGCUCAUUGGAGGCUUUGCCAAGUGGCCGCAGGCCACGCCUGAUCCGUUUCACACUUACCUCGGCCUCUGCGGACUGGCCUUCACCGGGGAACCUGGUCUAAACCCAGUGAAUCCCAGUUUGAACAUGUCCAUGGCCGCCUACGCUCACCUGCAGCAUCUGCACGAGCAGUGGCGAUCCGCAGAUGGACGCGGCGACGAGGACCACAGUGUAAGCUCUGCAUUCAAGCAACAACUCCACCUGUCUAAGGGGGUCGAGGCGUCAUCCACUACAACAACUACCUCUAACUCGCCAUUAAUUUCAGCACAAUGAUGGGAAACGGCACAAGACCCAAGGGGAAUGUUAAAGCACACUAUUGUAUUGAUAUUGGCCGCAUUUUAGCCACGCUUUCUUUACCCUUGCAGAUAGUUUUAUUUUAGCCAAAAGCUUAUAACGCAGUGAAGGACAUUUUAGACCAUGUAAAGUAUAUAUAAGUAUUACCAGCGGAAUCGAUAUAGCCAUAUCCGUCUGUCCGUUUUUACGCAAAAAAUGAGUCUUAGCUUAAAAUCUAUCUGCAUUCGGUAUAAAUGUUAUUAUUACUGCAAGGGUAUAUAAGCUUCGGCUUGCCGAUUCUAGUUUCCUUUCUUGUUUAAACGAAAUUCAAUGAAAAAAGCUCGAGCUUUUGGAGGGAGAGAUGAAUAAGUUAGUAUGUUUAUUGUACAGCCUAAAUUAAUGUUAACAAUUU